AUGAAGAAUAAUUGGUCGAACUUACAUCAGAUUGCGAGAAACUCAUUCAUAGCAACAUCCACCGUAUACGCUUCCACCGUAUUCAACUUCUCAAACACUUCUCUUCCUGAUCGAAGAAGCUUCUGCUAUGUCGCAGGAGUCUCUGGUUUCUGUUUCGUGAGAAGUUUACUGAUCGCUACGCAACUUGAGAUUGUAGAUAGAUCCGGCUUUGUAGUGUUGAAAUCGGAGAAGGAGUUCAACAAUGCACUGAGCAAAGCUCAAGAUGGAUCUUUGCCGUCAGUUUUCUAUUUCACUGCCGCCUGGUGUGGACCUUGCAGGCUCAUCGCUCCUGUAAUAUUGGAGCUCAGUAAGAAAUAUCCUGAUGUCACAACAUAUAAGGUCGACAUUGACGAGGGCGGUCUUUCAAAUGCUCUUGUGAAGUCAAAUGUCUCUGCUGUGCCAACACUACAGUUCUUCAAAGGCGGCGUGAAGAAAGCAGAGAUUGUAGGCGUAGAUGUCAUGAAGCUGAGGAGUGUCAUGGAACAUCUCUACAAGUGA